ACGGUCCAUAUUCCGUUUCAAAACGUAGAAAUUUUUAAGAACUGCAGCCAGGGAGAGAACUCAUAAAUUUAAAUUAUCUUGUAAAAUAAAGAAAAAUAAUUUGUAUGGUUACAGCUGAUUUAUAUCAAUAUCGGAAGGAUUGAACAAUUAAGUAAUUAGUUAAUAAUGGCACACGCAGUACCAACAGGUAUUAGAACUCAUGCUCAAAAAGUAUGCAGUCUUUACAAACGCGCUCUUCGUAAUUAUGAAUCUUGGAUUUUUUUACAAACUGAUUACAGAUAUGAGGCAGUACUCUUACGUGCGCGAUUUGAUAAAAAUAAAGAUAUAAAAGAUUUGCGUGUAGCCAAACAACUACUAAAAGAGGGAGAGGCGGAGUUAGAAAAAAUAAUACAUCCAUCACCCUUGUACUUUGCUGAUUCUCCGAACGGAGUUGCCUAUGAACGUGAAGUGGAACCACCAGACUGGGUGCUUGAUUACUGGCAUCCAACUGAAAAAGCCAUGUAUCCAAAGUACUUUGCAUUGAGAGAAAAACGUAAGCUCGAAUACAUGAAACUUUUCGAUAAACAAUUCCCCGAUGCUCAGAAAAAGUUCGAUACUGAUCAUUAAAAUAUAUUUAUUGUAGAAAUAUCUUUUAAUAUUAAAUUUAUUAUUAAUGUAGCUUGAUUCAAUUAAAAAUACAGUUAAUGUACAUUACAA